GAAUGGUCAGUCGUCAGUCGUUGUUGGCACGGUCGGUCGGUCGGUCUCCGGGGCAGAACUACGAUUCUCUACAAGGAAGACUUUCCCCAGAAAUCAGUGAUAUGUGUCAAAGGUUCAUGUUGGCAGGGCGAGAAUCGAUUGGGAUUUGAGGCGGUUCUACGCAAAAUCCGCUGUUAAUUAGCUGUGUGAUUGAAGGAUUACUGAAGCCGCUCGUUUGUGUCUGAACCAAGUCAUCAAAUCUGUGCUUUUGUUACUACACUUUGCUGUGAUGGAACAUUGUGAAUUUCGACGAGGGGUGAAGGAGUGUUUUUAAUUGCCAUGUUUAUCAAAUCGGCCCGUUUUCUUGCCGACAAAGGUCAGAUAGUAUUUCCCGGACCGCCAACUCGGUCAGCCUUUUCGUUCUCGUACAUCCCAACGACCGCCCUCUCCACGACCAGUACAUCCACGACGGUGGCCCCUCCUGAACCGGAAUCAUUGGACGUUAACGAGGACUCCAAUUAUCUCACCGACAUGUGGCGCAGUAAAUCUCCGACCAGUUCGGACAUGCUGUCUUACAAAAUUCAGAUGUUCUACAUCUACAUCACGGUCACCAUUACAUCCGUCCUGGUGCUCUUCAUGCUGGGAGUUUUUGCGUACAUGUGCUAUAAGAGGAAAGGAUUCCAGAGCAUCGACAACCAGGCAGAUAUUGAACAGGCUAGAAGACAGAGUAGUCGGAGGGCCCGAAGCCAGUCGCGGAACUACUCGAAGGAGAUCGAGGCCCAGGACAGUCCGGGACGGACGUUACUCCGCUGAGCGGCAUUUUUUUAAAAAAAGAUUAUAGAUUGAUAUUUUGUGCUAUUGAGUAUUUUUAAACAGUGUUAUAUUUUAUAAAUAUUGUAUUAAAACUAAAAUUCUACAGUAAAAUUACAAAAA